UUUCGCUAUGAAGAAAAAAAAUAUAUAUGGGUGAUUCAUUAAGGUAUUAUUGCUCUGGUAAUAUAAAUUCUACGUGUUUAAAGGAAUUUCCCUCUUGCAGGGAGGCUUGUGAAGAGUAUGCAGCAGAGAUGGAAAAACUAGCUUACAAAUUACUAGAACUCAUUGCCUUGAGCUUAGGCUUGCCAAGAACUCGACUGAAUGGCUUCUUCAAGGAGCAUACUAGCUUUAUCAGGCUCAAUCACUAUCCGGUAUGUCCCGUCCCUGAAUUAGUACUCGGUGUUGGUCGACACAAGGAUGCCGGCGCCUUGACCAUUCUUGCUCAAGAUGAUGUUGGAGGACUUGAAGUGAAGAGGAAAACAGAUGGAGAGUGGGUUUUUGUCAAACCUACUCCCAAUGCUUAUAUCAUCAAUGUUGGUGAUAUUAUCCAGGUAUGGAGCAACGAUAAGUACGAAAGUGUGGAACACAGAGUGAUGGUGAAUUCCAAGAAGCAAAGAUUUUCGAUUCCGUUCUUCUUGAAUCCUGCACAUUUCACUUGGGUCGAACCUCUGGAAGAGCUCACAAACAAAGAAAACCCCAACUACAAGGCCUAUAAUUGGGGAAAGUUUUUUGUGACCAGAAAGCUCAGUAAUUUCAAGAAACUUGAUGUCGAAAACAUUCAAAUUUAUCAUUUCAGGAUAUAGACUUCUGAGGGAAGUUACUUCUGUUCAUGUACCCGUAUGAAUAUAUCUAUGUAAUAUGUGCUUAUGAGUUACAAAUACAGCUUUCGCUGGCUUUUGUUAACUUUGUUCUGUAAAUAAAUAAAAAAUUUCUGAAUCCUGGUAUGAUCA